GGGACAGCCAUAUGGUCCUGGGGAAGAGGUGGAAGGACACGGCUGAGACGGUGAUCAUCGGAGGGGGCUGUGUGGGAGUCAGUAUAGCCUAUCACCUGGCCAAGGCUGGACAGAAGGACGUGGUUCUGCUGGAAAAGUCUGAACUUACCGCUGGAUCCACCUGGCACGCUGUAGGUCAACAACAACAACAGAUCUAGGAUCAGCUUACCUGUCUCCAAACCUAAUCUUAUCAUAUGACAGAACUGACCUGGGAACAACAAAUGGCUUCAGGUGGUUUUAUGGAUCGAGUCUGGUGUUAAACAGCCACAGCAAAACCCCAACAACAUAUUUACCUUUUGCAUAACAUUUGGUAAACACAUAUGGAGCCAUUCCACUGCAACCCCGUUUCGACCUGAGACGUUCUUCUGCUACUACAGUAGUUAGCAUGGCAUGGGAGUUUUCACGUUUCUCCUCAUUAGAAUAAGUUAAUGAGUGUUAUUACACACACUAUUUGAGGGAAAGGUAAAGGAGGCCAGAGAUAUUCAACAUGGAGAUACCGCAGUGAGACCACACAGGAUAUUUACAUUUUCAUUUUAGCCGUUUAGCAGACGCUCUUAUCCAGAGCAACUUACAGCUACCAGGAAAAACCUAAGAUACUACAGAGACAUAUCAGAUAGUCCACUCGGCAGAGGGAGCGGUUGAGAUUUCCAAGAAGUAGAUGGAGGUAUGUAAGAUGAUCUAAGUUAUGGUAGCUGUCAAAGACAGCUGGUGUCAAAGAACCAGGCCUAUGUGGUUCUGCCGAGGAUCUGAUGACCUAAUUCUGCCUCUUUAUAACCCUCUACCAACCCCUUCCAACCAAACCUACCCUGUAUAGCAGGGUUCCCCAACUGGUGAAUUUGGCCCGUGGGUGCUUUUAUUUGUCCCCCCAAGUUCUGAGCAUUAUUAUUAUUUACACAUUUUUAAAUGGACAUAAAAGACUGUAAAAACACCAGCAAAUCAGCUCCAAGUGAUUGUAAUUUUGGAAAUCUGUUCCACAGUAUUCCCACCCAUAAUAGAAAGAGUGUGAUAGUAUGUGAUCAUAUACAAAUGUAAGCAAGGUUUGAAAUAAUUAUAUUUUAGUCAAAUAUUAUAUCUGUUUGGGCUUCUUGAGGUCAAUUUGCAGUCUACAAAUUAUUUGUAAUUAUGUUCCGGCCCCCUGACUCAAGAAACAAAUCAGUCGGCGGCUGAGUCUAGUUGGUGAUCCAUGCUGUAUAGGUUACUCUACAUGCCAUAGUAAAUAUGCUGCCCAAAUGUCAGGGGGGCAACUUUCUUAGUAGUCUUAUCUAACUUCAGAAAGUAUUCAUACCCUCUGUAGCUCAAUUGGUAGAGCAUGGCGCUCGUAACGCCAUGGUAGUGAGUUCGAUCCCCGGGACCACCCAUACGUAAAAAUGUAUGCACACAUGACUAAGUCGCUUUGGAUAAAAGCGUCUGCUAAAUGGCAUAUUAUUAUAUAUUAUAUUAUAUUAUAUUAUACCCCUUGACUUAUUCCACAUUUUGUUGUGUUACAGCCGGAAUUCAAAAUGUAUUACAUAUAUUUUUUUUCUCAACCAUCUACACACAAUACCCCAUAAUGACAAAGUGAAAACAUGUUUACAUUUUUUAAACCAAAUUAGUUGAUAAUGAAAUACAGAAAUAUCUAAUUUACAUAACUAUUCACACCCCUGAGUCAAUACUUUGUAGAGGCACCUUUGGCAGCGAUUACAGCUGUAAGUCUUUCUGGGUACAUCUCUAAGAGCUUUGCAUACCCAGAUUGUGCAACAUUUGCCCAUUAAUUUUUUUUCAAAAUUAUUCAAGCUCUGUCUAGUUGGUUGUUGAUCAUUGCUAGACAACCAUUUUCAGUUCUUACCAUAGAUUUUCAAGUAGAUUGAAGUCAAAACUGCCACUCAGGAACAUUCACUGUCUUCUUGCUAAGCAACUCCAGUGUAGAUUUGGCCUUGUGUUUUAGGUUAUUAUCCUGCUGAAAUGUGAACUCGUCUCCCAGUGUCUGGUGGAAAGCAGACUGAGCCAGGUUUUCCUCUAGGAUUUUGCCUGUGCUUAGCUCCAUGACGCUUUUUUUUUUUAUCCUGAAAAACUCCCUGACCUUAACGAUUACAAGCAUGACCAUAACAUGAUGCAGCCAUCACUAUUCUUGAAAAUAUGGCGAUUGGUACUCAGUAAUAUGUUGUAUUGGAUUUGUGCCAAACAUAACACAUAUAUAUUCAGGAUAAAAAGUGAAUUGUGUUGCCACAUGUUUUGCAGUAUUACUUUAGUGCCUUGUUGCAAACAGGAUGCAUGUUUUGGAAUAUUUUUAUUCUGUACAGGCUUCCUUCUUUUCACUCUGUCAAUUAGAUUAGUAUUGUGGAGUAACUCAAAUGUUGUUGAUCCAUCCUCAGUUUUCUCCAAUCACAGCCCUUCAACUCUAUAACUGUUUUAAAGUCACAAUUGGCAUCAUUUAAAUCCCUGAGCGGUUUCCUUCCUCUCUGGCAACUGAGUUAGGAAGGACGCCUGUGUCUUUGUAGUUACUGGGUGUAUUGAUGCACCAUCCAAAGUGUAAUUAAUAACUUCACCAUGCUCAAAGGGAUAUUUAAUGUCAGCCUUUUUAUUUUUACCCAUCUAUCAAUAGGUGCCCUUCUUUGCGAGGCAUUGGAAAACCUCCCUGGUCUUUGUGGUUGAAUCUGUGUUUGAAAUUCACUGCUCGACUGAGGGAUCUUACAGAUAAUUGUAUGUGUAGGGUACAGAGAUGAGGUAGUCCUUCAAAAAUCAUAUUAAACACUAUUUUUGUACACGGAGUGAGUCCAUGCAACUUCUUAUGACUUGUUAAGCAAAUUUUUACUCCUGAACUUAUUUAGGCUUGCCAUAACAAAGGGGUUGAAUACUUAUUGACUCAAGACAUUUCACCUUUUCAAUACAUUUGUGAAAAUUUGGAAAAACAUAAUUCCAAUUUGACAUUAUGGGGUAUUGUGUCUAGGCCAGUGACAAAUCCCAAUAUAAUCUAUUUUAAAUUCAGGCUGUAGCACAACAAAAUGUGGAAAAAGUCCAGGGGUGUGAAUAUUUUCAAAACAUUGCUUUGCAAACUUGCAGGGUCCAUACAGUCGAGUAAGAGUUGUCAGUGAUCCCAUGUACAUUUCCAUGCCUCCUCCUCUAAGUAUCCCUGUUUAUUGUCUGUUCUAGGCUGGUCUGACCACAUACUACCACCCUGGUAUCAACCUGAAGAAGGUCCACUACCACAGCAUCAAGCUGUAUGAGAGUCUGGAGGCCGAGACGGGUCAGGUACACUACACAUUAACCACAGAACGGCACAAUGGAUGAUACAAUGUGUGUCUGUGUCUGUAUCUGUGCGAGUCUGUAUCUGUAUGUACAGUGGGGGGAAAAAGUAUUUAGUCAGCCACCAAUUGUGCAAGUUCUCCCACUUAAAAAGAUGAGAGAGGCCUGUAAUUUUCAUCAUAGGUACACGUCAACUAUGACAGACAAAAUGAGAAAAAAAAACCAGAAAAUCACAUUGUAGGAUUUUUAAAUGAAUUUAUUUGCAAAUUAUGGUGGAAAAUAAGUAUUUGGUCAAUUACAAAAGUUUCUCAAUACUUUGUUAUAUACCCUUUGUUGGCAAUGACACAGGUCAAACGUUUUCUGUAAGUCUUCACAAGGUUUUCACACACUGUUGCUGGUAUUUUGGCCCAUUCCUCCAUGCAGAUCUCCUCUAGAGCAGUGAUGUUUUGGGGCUGUCGCUGGGCAACACGAACUUUCAACUCCCUACAAAGAUUUUCUAUGGGGUUGAGAUCUGGAGACUGGCUAGGCCACUCCAGGACCUUGAAAUGCUUCUUAUGAAGCCACUCCUUCGUUGCCCGGGCGGUGUGUUUGGGAUCAUUGUCAUGCUGAAAGACCCAGCCACGUUUAAUCUUCAAUGCCCUUGCUGAUAGGAGGUUUUCACUGAAAAUCUCACGAUACAUGGCCCCAUUCAUUCUUUCCUUUACACGGAUCAGUCGUCCUGGUCCCUUUGCAGAAAAAUAGCCCCAAAGCAUGAUGUUUCCACCCCCAUGCUUCACAGUAGGUAUGGUGUUCUUUGGAUGCAACUCAGCAUUCUUUGUCCUCCAAACACGACGAGUUGAGUUUUUACCAAAAAGUUAUAUUUUGGUUUCAUCUGACCAUAUGACAUUCUCCCAAUCCUCUUCUGGAUCAUCCAAAUGCACUCUAGCAAACUUCAGACGGGCCUGGACAUGUACUGGCUUAAGCAGGGGGACACGUCUGGCACUGCAGGAUUUGAGUCCCUGGCGGCGUAGUGUGUUACUAAUGGUAGGCUUUGUUACUUUGGUCCCAGCUCUCUGCAGGUCAUUCACUAGGUCCCCCCGUGUGGUUCUGGGAUUUUUGCUCACCGUUCUUGUGAUCAUUUUGACCCCACGGGGUGAGAUCUUGCGUGGAGCCCCAGAUCGAGGGAGAUUAUCAGUGGUCUUGUAUGUCUUCCAUUUCCUAAUAAUUGCUCCCACAGUUGAUUUCUUCAAACCAAGCUGCUUACAUAUUGCAGAUUCAGUCUUCCCAGCCUGGUGCAGGUCUACAAUUUUGUUUCUGGUGUCCUUUGACAGCUCUUUGGUCUUGGCCAUAGUGGAGUUUGGAGUGUGACUGUUUGAGGUUUUGGACAGGUGUCUUUUAUACUGAUAACAAGUUCAAACAGGUGACAUUAAUGCAGGUAACGAGUGGAGGACAGAGGAGCCUCUUAAAGAAGAAGUUACAGGUCUGUGAGAGCCAGAAAUCGUGCUUGUUUAUAGGUGACCAAAUACUUAUUUUCCACCAUAAUUUGCAAAUAAAUUCAUUAAAAAUUCUACAAUGUGAUUUUCUGGAUAUUUCUUUCUCAAUUUGUCUGUCAUAGUUGACGUGUACCUAUGAUGAAAAUUACAGGCCUCUCUCAUCUUUUUAAGUGGGAGAACUUGCACAAUUGGUGGCUGACUAAAUACUUUUUUCCCCACUGUAUGUAUGUAUGUAUGUAUGUUUCAAACCUCCUUUUUCUCUGUGUGUCUGUAGGCGGUGGGUUUCCACCAGCCAGGCAGCAUCCGUAUUGCCUCCACCCCAGUCAGAGUGGAUGAGCUGAAGUACCAGAUGGCCAGGAGCCACUGGCACCCCACGCCCCAAUGGCUCAUCACACCUGAGAAGAUCAAGGAGCUCUUCCCCCUGCUCAACAUGGACAAGGUCUGGACCUGAGGGAAAUACAGUCACAUCCUUCAUAGACAUGUAGCCUGGGUCCCAGAUAGGUUUGUUUUGUCUGGCCAACUCCUAAAUGUCAGUGGCGUGACAAGACAGCACAAACAUAUCUUGGACCAGGCCAAUAUGAUCAAGAUCAUCAUGAUUUCAGUGUUAUGGCAUGAUUUAGGAGCCUAAUGGAAAUACUGCAAUGACUUAAAGAGGCUAUAAAGAACAUUGGCCUCUGGAGGUGCUCUGCCAAAAGGGCAACUAAACUUCCAUAGUGUAUAAUCUUUAAAGCCUAUAAGGGUGUCUGUCAGAGGAGGCUGGUGGGAGGAGCUAUAGAAGGACGGGCUCACUGUAAUGCAUGGAAUGGAAUGGUAUCAAACACAAACAUAUGGAAACCAUUACAAUGAGCCCGUCCUCCUAUAGCUCCUCCCACCAGCCUCCACUGGUAUCUGUAGCUAGGUUUCCAUCCAGAAUACUCUACAAUCUGCAUAAAGAAAAUAUGCGCAUUUUCCCAACCGUUCUGUGUUUCCACCAAACUGACUUGUUGCGGAUAAAAAUCAGUUUGAUGACAUACUGCACACAAAAUGCACUUUCUUGCAUUCGUUUUCAUGUACCGAAUAAAAAUCGAAAGUUCUACCGAUAAUUUUGACACAAAUGUGCCUACUCUGGUCUUAGCACAUUCGCUCAACAGCUCGCAGAUACAGUGCGGGUAUGUGCGAGUAGGCUAGCCUACAUAAUGAGAUGAUUAUGGAUAAGAGCGAGAAUAUUUGUGUUUGUCAAACGCCAGUCAAGCAUCGAUCAUCAUGUCACCAGAAUAACACCCUUGAUAUUUAUUGGAAAGGAGCAUCAAUAUCACAAUGCACUUUCACCACUCUGUGAAGUUCAUCCUAACUUAUUGAAUCUGUAGCCGAAUACACUGCAUGAUUUCCCUAGUUGUAGUGAGAGGACCACACACCUAUCAUUAUGUGACUCCAAGUUUACUUCGAUAUGAUGGUUAUUAUAUCAAUAUUUGCGCAUAAAGGCGUUUCCACCGCCAUUUCUCGCAAAAUGAAUUUUACAGACACAAAAAGAUCCCACCAUGUCGAAUAAACAAAUGAUCUGUCGGCAUUUAUACAAUUGUACUGAAACUUCCUGUUUCCAUUACAGCUGUUGUGAUUUUUUUUCUGCGGUAUGACUUUACUCGCAUAUAAACUGUGGAUGGAAAUGUGAUUAUAGACAAGGUUUGAACCAGUGCAGAACAUAGACAUGAGAGUAACAGUAACACUUUAUAUCCACCUCCCCCAGGUGCUAAUGGGUCUGUAUAACCCAGGAGACGGCCAUAUUGACCCCUACUCCCUGACCAUGGCCCUGGCUGCUGGGGCCCGUAUGUACGGAGCCCAGAUCUACAACCCAGCCCCGGUCUCUGGUCUCACACCCACCAGCGACGGGAAGUGGGACGUCCAGACCCCACACGGGACCAUCAGAGCUAACAGCAUAGUCAAUGCCACAGGUCCAAUAUCUGUCAGUGGCUAAAUAUCUGUCUCUAUGUAAAACACCAAUGGAUGCUGGUGGAGGGCGAAAUCGGUGGACAGGCUCAUUGUAAUGGCUGGAAUGGGAUCCAUUCAUUCCAUUCCAGUCCGUCCUCUGAUUAAAAGUGAUACCAGCCAUCACUAGUACACACAAAUACAUGCACAAAGACAAGCUUGCUGCAAACAUGGAGAAUAGAAACAAGAGCCUUUGGCAGACUGGAAGGCUGAGCUUCCUGCUAGAAUUAGUUUUGAAAGAGAGCCAGAGGAGCGUUGGUGUAGUUGGAAGUUGAGCAACCAGGGUCUGGGUUAUUGUGCAGAGUGUUUGUGCUGCAAACCAUGAUUGAUUGCUCCUCGCACAAGUCAGUAUGUUCAAACAAACAUUGUAAAGACCAUACCACUCAGCUACAGAACAUGCAUUGAUUAUUGAUGUAUAGAUCAAUUAAAUAUCAAUACAUUGCAUUAGGCACUGUAGUAUCUUGUAGAUAUAUCAGUGUGUUAUAGCGGUCUUUUAGGGCUAUAGAAGAGGUUGUCAUGAUGUUUGGAUCGUACUCAAGUAGUUUGGUCAUUCAAAAACACAGUCCUGUUAUACACAGGUCUGGGGUCACAUUGAAUUCUCACUGGAAAACGUGAUUGAGAAACUUUCACCAGCCAAAAGGCUUGAACAAACAAACUUCAGUUGAUGAUACAUUUUUCCAAACAAGUUAUUUGGAUGAGUCGGAGUGUCUGUAAACGUGAGUAAGCUGAUAUCCGAACAAGUUUACACCUAUCCCCUGUAGCCUCUCCCAGGUUGUUGGAGACAUUUUACAUUUACAUUUGAGUCAUUUAGCAGAUGCUCUUAUCCAGAGCGACUUACAGUUAAUGAGUGCAUACAUUAUUUAAAUUUUAAAUUUUUCAUACUGUCCCCCCGUGGGAAUCGAACCCACAACCCUGGCGUUGCAAACGCCAUGCUCUACCAACUGAGCUACAUCCCUGCCGGCCAUUCCCUCCCCUACCCUGGACGACGCUGGGCCAAUUGUGCGCCGCCCCAUGGGUCUCCCGGUCGCAGCCGGCUAUCAAACUUCAGUUGAUGAUACAUUUUUCCAAACAAGUUCUUUGGAUGAGUCGGAGUAAGCUGAUAUCUGAACAAGUUGACACCUAUCCCCUGUAGCCUCUCCCAGGUUGUUGGAGACGUAUCCCACAGACCUGUUUACCGGUUUGGAUUGGGUAGACUGCAGAGCCCAAUGUCUCUCAAGUCAAUCAAACCAGUCUCUUGUCAUUAACUUAUUUUCAGUUCAGCUGUUUUUGGUCACUGCCCACAAAGCCUAUAGACGAGUAAGAUGACAGUAGUACGAGUAGAACAGACUAAAGGAGCACAGUUAAGAUCUUUGUACCCCCCAGUUCUGAAGACAAAGCAAUUGAUUAGCCAAAUCCUUUGAGGCUGAGUUCAGUUGUAGUUCUUGUUUGGUUUGGCCCAGUACUGAGCCUCUUCGGCCUCAUUUAGUCUCUCUUUCUUAUGUCUGAAUUCAGAGGCUGCCUGGCGGCCAUAUUAGGUACCUUUGACCAGACAGACAGAAGUCGGAGUUCAGGGGAAAUGGGGUCACGUGGUUUGAACCGGGUCAUACCAGUUCUGGGAGGAUUUAGUUGGCAAAUAUGGCUCCGCUUUUCCUUCCACUGCUGUUUAUCCAGCAUAGUCCAAGAAUUCACCUCAAUAUCUCUCUCUAUCUUCCCCUUUCUCUUUCUCACUCUGCUUCCGGUAUUUUGUCACGAACGUUCUUCCAUUUUGUUCUUCAAGGGUAUCCACAAAUCUACAGUCGAGCCAACAUGUUUCGGUUUGUUAAAGCAGCUCUGAACGUCUCCGCAGGACAAGGUGCCCGCCAAGUGAGGCUCAGUUCGACGCACGCCCUCGAAUUCCAUGCCAAGUAUGGCACUGGCCUGAUGAUCGGAGGAGUUGCGUUCUGUGUGUCUGUCUGGGGAUUUGUACUGACACAAACCGGCAUCACAUGGAAUCUGUCUCCAGUCGGCAAGGUCCAGCCUAAACCAUGGAGGGAGGUAGAAGAAUAAUGGACUGACACUGCUAUCUUUUUUCCUAUGGAGAUAUCUACCACAGCCAACCACAAAACACUUAACCCAGAUAACCUAUAAACAUUCUGGUUGUACAGAUGGAUACCCACGUUUUCAGCUUGUUACCGUUCAGGCAUAACCUAUGUAAACAUUACAUUUAAACUAAACGUUGACUGAUUAUUUUACUUAAGCAGUCUGUGUCCCCUUUCAUGUACCUUUCAAAUGGAAUCAGGAAAGUAAGAGUCAAGAACUUUAUGGACAAUACCUGCUCAAUGUUAAGACGUGCAUCUGAAAAUACCUUUCCAUCUUAUUUUUCAAUAUUCAGUGUAUUUAAGGAUGUCAUCCUAUGUGAUUCUAAGGAGGUUCAGGUUUAGAUACAUGUCGUCCCCUGUAGCUCAGUUGGUAGAGCAUGGCGCUUGCAACGCCAGGGUUGUGGGUGCGUUUCCCACGGGGGGCCAGUAUGAAAAUGUAUGCACUCGCUAACUGUAAGUCGCUUUGGAUAAGAGCGUCUGCUAAAUGACUAAAAUCUAAAUCUAAUCUCUGGCCUUCACUCAUUUUUAAGAUACAAAUUUAACUCAGUCCGGAGCUGGUGUGUGUUAUUGCAUAAGUCACAGCGGGUGAGAGCAUUACAGUCUAUGUCCUAUACAUUGUACUUUGUGUACAAUCAACAUGGAGAGAGAAACAUAUAGCUAGCUACAGUAUAGCUGCUGGGGCCAAAUGAAGCCCACUUUGUUAGGGGUACAAUGGAAACAUCCCAUAGUGGAGCUAAAGGAUUUCAUCAAAGCUUCUGAAGCUGCUGGUAUUUGAAACCCCACCAGACACUGUAGAUUUGUAGUGUUUGACCAAUGCAGUAAUGACUACUGUCUCCAUACGGUCCAGUAAAAUUGUACAGAGCAUGUACAGGUCCAGGAGUGGGUGGUUUGUGUGGUGAUUGAGUAAAUUGCUGUGUUUGUUUGCACUAGCAGACGCCGACACACACACACACACACACACACACACACACACACCCUGCCGUCUGAGAGUCUAUCUGGGUGUUCAGUUUUGGUUUUGUGGGCUUCUUUCUAUCAGAACAGCAUUGGUUGUGCUCAUAAACAGUAGCUACUACACCCCUUAAAAUCCCUCCACUAGGAGUUAAAUCUGUUAACCUCAUUCUCCUACUGUGAAAUGGGCCCACUGGUUUGCGGUUGAGUUUUUGACAUUUUGAGAGCAUUGUUUGGAUAUGUGGGAAUAACCCUGGUAUGUUAAUUAUGAUGAGAGGGUAAUAGCACUCACUGCCAGGUUUUAUGUUGUUUUCCGAAACCUGCUCACUUCCAGCGAUGCCUCCCUCUCUAUACAUAACAUUGGGGUGUUCAUAUCUUUCAUUACAAUACAAAUCUCUCUCUAAUCUCUCCUGUAGUGGGUGGAUGAGUUGUGUAAAGUGUGUUGGGAAUUGGGGGUUCACCCCUUGACAUGCAGGGUAGGGACGGGUAUGUGAUUUCUGCUUGCUAGAGCUGUGGUCUGUAGAAAUAACUCCAUGUGAAAGCAGAUCCUGGAGUGCUGCUGCAGCAUUCCUCACAGACUCCAUUCUCUCCAACGCUCCCUCCCUUUACUCUCACACUCGCCCCAUUCCUUGCCCCCUUGUUUGACCCCUUUUUCCCUUCUUUUUUUCUUCUUUACUUCCCUCUCAUUUACUCCCAUCUUCUCUCCCAACCCCACUUGCCAGGCGUCGUCUUCCCAAACAUUUCCUCUUUUGCGUCUUCCCAGACGUCUCCUCUCCCCUUUCCUCAUCGCUCUUUCUUCUUGGACACUAGGGGCCAAGCCUGCUCAUGGAGAGCUACUGGGUGUGCAUGCUGUUGCUUUUGCGCCAACCCUGCUCUAACACAGUGGAUUCAACAAACCAAUGUCCCCAGGAGCAGCUGUUCCAGGGCUGGAGGCAAAUCCGGUUUCCUGUCUUUUUAUCUUCUCCUCCCCCACCUUCAAAACAUUACACUCACUCUUCCUGGAACCACCGUUUGGCACCUUGACCAAUGAGAAUCUCCAGAGUAAGGUCAGGGGUUGUGGUUCUUGGAAUGUGUCUCCCCCUGAAGGAUCGGUUUCACCAUGUUGGCCCUGUGACCUACUAAUGGAACCAAAAGGAGAUCGGGCCACUGAGACGCCCAGUGAAAGGUCUUCACACAGGACCUCCUCAAACCACGGGUGAAACCAGUUAAUUCCGUUUACCUUUCAGUCCUAAGUGGAAGCCAUAUAUACUGUGAACAGAAAAUGGACACUACUGUCUCACAGAGAGAGAAAUAGUCUUUAUCUGAGUAUCUGGCCUUUAGAAAUGAUUUAGCUUAUCACGCUAUCACUGGUGCUCAUAAAUAAGCGAGGGAGGAUAGUGAGUUAGUUAAAGGUGUGGAGGGUGUACUGUGGAUAUGAGUAAGCCUAUAUCAGAUGUAAAGCCCCAUUGGAAAUUGAUCACAGAGUCAAUUCAUCUGAGGUUAUUCCUAGGAGGGUCUGUGAAUGACCUUUUGUGUGUCCUGCUACAGUGAGCUGGUAAACGUGUGCUAUCUACUCUGAGUCCCCCAGCAGCUCUGCUCUGCUCUGGCCCUAACUGGCUAUAGCCUACAGAAGUAGGGAAAGGCAACCUUUUAAAGGUAGAGAGAGUAUGUAAGUCCCUCUGAGCUAAAUUUUUUAACAAAGCUGAAGUUCUUAUAAUUCAGCAAAACUCUGCUCAAUUUGAGAGAUAUACUGUAAAGCAGUAUCUAAAACGAGCGAUUAUAUCAGACUUGCAUACUAUAUCGUUACUCUUUGCCCUACUUGUAGCUCAAGUAUUUAUGUCAAGUAUUUAUGUCAAGUAUUUAUGUAUUUGACACAGGGUCUGGCGUGGAACAGUUGCAACUCAGCAGAAAGCGGCAGAAAUCAACAAGUGGGGUUAUGUGACAUUUUUCAGCUGUCACAACAACUGGUUCCUGCAGGCCGUUACCAGUCUGUGCUCUGUAGGGACAAACAGCUGUAGUGUCAGCAGGGGGCAUGGUGUGUGUGUUUGUCUGUGUGUAGAGGGAGGGCAGUUGACUUUCGCCCCAGAAAUCAUAAUAUUGAUCUGGCAAGAAGCCUGUAGCAACAGGCUUCUUAUACUGGUUAGUAGUCAGUGUACUGUACACAGACGCUAUGCCAUAUAUUAUUUUACUGAAUAUUUUAUUUUAUUUGUAAAAUGUUAUGGGUAUCUCUUUUUAAAUAUUUGUGUUACAGUAUACAGUGGCUUGCGAAAGUAUUCACCCCCCUUGGCAUUUCUCCUAUUUUGUUGCCUUACAACCUGGAAUUAAAAUAUAAUUUUUGGUUGUUAGUAUCAUUUGAUUUACACAACAUGCCUACCACUUUGAAGAUGCAAAAUAUUUUUUCUUGUGAAACAAACAAGAAAUAAGAAAAAAAAACAGAACUUGAGCGUGCAUAACUAUUCACCCUCCCAAAGUCAAUACUUUGUAGAGCCACCUUUUGCAGCAAUUACAGCUGCAAGUCUCUUGGGGUGUCUCUAUAAGCUUGGCACAUCUAGCCACUGGGAUUUUUGCCCAUUCUUCAAGGCAAAACUGCUCGAGCUCCUUCAAGUUGGAUGGGUUCCGCUGGUUACAGCAAUUUUAAGUCAUACCACAGAUUCUCAUUUGGAUUGAGGUCUGGGCUUUGACUAGGAACUUAGAUUGCACUCGGGUGUACUUUAUUUAACUAAUUAUGUGACUUCUGAAGGUAAUUGGUUGCACCAGAUCUUAUUUGGGGGCUUCAUAGCAAAGGGGGUGAAUACAUAUGCACGCACCACUUAUCCGUUAUUUAUUUUAUAGAGUUUUUAAACAAGGAAUUUUUUUCAUUUCACUUCACCGAUUUGGACUAUUUUGUGUAUGUCCAUUACAUGAAAUCCAAAUAAAAAUCCAAUGAAAUUACAGGUUGUAAUGCAACAAAAUAGGAAAAAUGCCAAGGGGGAUGCAAACUUUUGGAAGACACUGUAUGAAUAAAUGUAUAUACAUUUUAUGUAGUGCUAUGAGUUGACUGGGUUUGCGCUUGUCAUGGUCAAGCAAUAGUUCUGUGACUUACACAGGUACUGUAGUGAGUGAAGGUUCCGUUUUAGGGGUGUAUCCAUAUCCCUGUGAAUGUAGUGGCUCUGAUUGGUCAGUUUCUUUCUCUUUUAGAAUGUUACGGGGUAGGAACAGUCAUGUUUGUGCCAGUGUUUUAGUGGGGAAGCUAAUUAGCAGGGAGAUGGUUAAAUGCUCCCAAGAAAGGUGUUAACACACUUAAAAAGCUGGUUUGCACACUGCCAUUAAACUCCAAAAGAAGAAGGCCUUACAUCUGACAUACCAAACACCAGAUAAGAUCAUAUCAGAUCACAUUAUCACCAACAGCCAGCUCAGCUGACCACUUGGUAAAUGAAGGUUUAAGAAACAGGCAUAAUUCAUAGACACUGAAAGUCCUUUGAAAAUGAUGCCUUUGAAGAAGUUUAAAACAAGAAUGACCUUCUAUGGAGAGUGUGACUAGACUCAGCUGAUAGAACAGGGGUCUCCUUUCUAUGUCUUAAGAUGAGGAGCCAUAGUGUUGGAGCCACAGACAGAUAGCUAAUUCUGUUAGAGUUAAUGUGGCGGGCCUUAACACCAUGCCUUAGUCAGAGCCCCAUCGUUUUUGCCAAACGUAGUGCACUAUCUAGGGAAUAUGGUGUCAUUUCAGUCUCAACCAUGUCUAAGUGCCAUAGACUACACCAUAGUACUGUACUGUAGCAACAGUCAUGUUCUUACUCUACCUAUCUACCGGCUUUUAUUCUCUGUAUCUGAGAUUCUACUAUUCUACAAUUUUACGGCCAUUUUCUGCUCCAUUUAUGUCAUUAUCAUUGCACAAUCUGUGGGACCCAGCUGGCUUUACACUAUUUUGAUCUCAGGAAGUGAAGGCUGGGUUGGUAGAGGGCAGAGAGAGUAGGUGUGUGAGGCUCUGUUGUUAUCCUUGUUUUGCUUUCCUUGUUGUGGAGACUGGGACGGUUCAGGGAUGGCUGUUUACACCCGACUGGCGUCUUUCUCCCUACUCCUGUGUCUGCUUCCGGUUCUCCUCAAAACAUCUAUGAUAUCCUAAAAGGUGUAAAAGAAACACCUGAGCAGGAUACCCCACAUUCUGGUCAUGAUGAGAAAGAAAGGCGUUAAGAUGGAAACAACUUCAGAGAGAAAGCAAACGCGUACAGUAGCUAGCUGCUAGCCAGAUAUUAGCUAGCGUUAUCUAGCGAUAAUGGCACCAACAAAAUUGGUAUGUGGUGUCUGUUGACUUUGUGGCAAAAACUUUAUCUCGAAGAAAGACGGGCACUAUUUUUAGGCAUCAGAUAUAUGUUUCAAUGGGGUGGGGAUUGUAAACAGUGAGGCACACGUCCUAAAGCGGAAGUCGCGUUACAGGCUCUCUUCCUUUUCCCCUGAAAAAAACCUGGAUGUUUCUAGUUUCAUUCGACCCCGCUGAGGGUGCACCUUUUCAGACCAUGAAUUAAUUACUGUUCUUUGAUUGGUCAACAGGAUUCUGGGCCCGGGAAGUUGGCCAGCUGAUUGGCCUCGAGCACCCCACUAUCCCUGUCCAUCACCAGUAUGUUGUCACAGCAACAGUGCCUGAGGUAUUACUUUAAAAUAGACACACUCAAAUUAAAUUAACAUGUGUUGUGAUGUUUAAUAAAGUUUGAUUUGAUGUUUAAUACAUUUUGAUAUGUUUUGUUGUGUCUAGGUGAAGGCCCUGAAGACAGAGCUGCCAGUAAUCAGGGACCUGGAGGGCUCCUACUACCUCAGGCAGGAGAGAGACGGACUGCUGUUUGGACCCUACGAGAGAGAGGAGAAGAUGGUGCUGCAGGACUCCUGGGUUACAGAUGGAGUACCACCAGGUCUGUCUAUCUGUCUGUCUGUCUAUCGGUCAAUCUCACUCUCUCUUUCCUGCUCUCUCUCACACAGACUCUCUCUCUCUCCCUCUCUCUCUAUGCCUAACCUCAGUUGUACUCCUCUGUGUGUGUGUGUGUGUGUGUGUGUGUGUGUGUGUGUGUGUUGUACAGGUUUUGGUAAGGAACUGUUUGAGUCAGACCUGGACCGUAUCAUGGACCACGUAGAGAUGGCCAUGGAGAUGGUGCCUGUGCUGAAGAAUGCUGACAUCAUCAACAUUGUGUCUGGACCAAUCACCUACACCCCUGACCUCCUACCCAUGGUCGGACCGCACCAGGGCGCACGCAACUACUGGACCGCCAUCGGCUUCGGGUAAACAUAGGAGUGGGAUUGUGUGUGUGUGUGUAUGUUUGUGGGGAGCUCUGAGCAGUGGGUUGGGGUCAGGGGUGGAUGCUGAAGUAAAUCGAUAUGACUGGAUGGUGUAGUGUGAAGGUUCUUCAUUCUGAAGGUCUUACUAUCUUCCCUGCUGUAAAAACUAGGUAAGCCUUGUUAUGUUUGGCUGACUAGGAGUGCGAGGUUGAAGGUCAAAGGCAUUACCGCAUGGUCUGACUGUGUGUGAUGUCCCAGGUAUGGAGUAAUCCACGCCGGUGGCAUCGGGAAGUUCCUCAGUGAUUGGAUCGUGACAGGGGAACCCCCCUAUGACCUGUCUGCUGCCUUUGAUACUGUGAACCAUCAGAUCCUCCUCUCCACCCUCUCCGAGCUGGGCAUCUCCGGCGCGGCUCACUCCUGGAUUGCGUCCUACCUGACCGGUCGCUCCUACCAAGUGGCGUGGCGAGAAGCUGUCUCCGCACCACGUGCUCUCACCACUGGUGUCCCCCAGGGCUCAGUUCUAGGCCCUCUCCUUUUCUCCCUAUACACCAAGUCACUUGGCUCUGUCAUAUCCUCACAUGGCCUCUCCUAUCAUUGCUACGCUGACGAUACACAACUAAUCUUCUCCUUUCCCCCUUCUGAUAACCAGGUGGCGAAUCGCAUCUCUGCAUGUCUGGCAGACAUAUCAGUAUGGAUGACGGAUCACCACCUCAAGCUGAACCCUGGCAAGACGGAGCUGCUCUUCCUCCCGGGGAAGGACUGCCCGUUCCAUGAUCUCGCCAUCACGGUUGACAACUCCGCUGUGUCCUCCUCCCAGAGUGCGAAGAGCCUAGGCGUGACCCUGGACAACACCCUGUCGUUCUCCGCCAACAUCAAGGUGGUGACCCGCUCCUGCAGGUUCAUGCUCUACAACAUUCGGAGAGUACGACCCUGCCUUACACAGGAAGCGGCACAGGUCCUAAUCCAGGCACUUGUCAUCUCCCGUCUGGACUACUGCAACUCGUGUUGGCUGGCCUCCUGCCUGUGCCAUUAAACCCUACAAACUCAUCCAGAAUGCCGCAGCCCGUUGGUGUUCAACCUUCAGUCUCUAGUCACCCCCUCUCGCACACAUGGCUCAGUUGAAGCGCAUCGCUAGCCAGGCUUUUUAUUCUCUGUAUCGGUCUCAUUUUGUCCCAUUAUCCAUGCACAUCUGUGGACCCAGCUGCUUACACUAUUUUGAUCUCAGGAAGUGAAGGCUGGGUUGGUAGAGGGCAGAGAGAGUAGGUGUGAGGCUCUGUUCUUAUCCUUGUUUUGCUUUCCUUGUUGUGGAGACUGGGACGGUUCAGGGAUGGCUGUUUACACCCGACUGGCGUCUUUCUCCCUACUCCUGUGUCUGCUUCCGGGUCUCCUCAAAACAUCUAUGAUAACCUAAAAGGUGUAAAAGAAACACCUGAGCAGGAUACCCCACAUUCUGGUCAUGAUGAGAAAGAAAGGCGUUAAGAUGGAAUGUCGCCUUGUUUAUAUUCCAGAUGGAAACAACUUCAGAGAGAAAGCAAACACGUGCAGUAGCUAGCUGCUAGCCAGAUAUUAGCUAGCGUUAUCUAGCGAUAAUGGCACCAACAAAAUUGGUAUGUGGUGUCUGUUGACUUUGUGGCAAAAACUUUAUCUCGAAGAAAGACGGGCACUAUUUUUAGGCAUCAGAUAUAUGUUUCAAUGGGGUGUGGAUUGUAAACAGUGAGGCGCACGUCCUAAAGCGGAAGUCGCGUUACAGGCUCUCUUCCUUUUCCCCUGAAAAAAACCUGGAUGUUUCUAGUUUCAUUCGACCCCGCUGAGGGUGCACCUUUUCAGACCAUUAAUUAAUUACUGUUCUUUGAUUGGUCAACAGGAUUCUGGGCCCGGGAAGUUGGCCAGCUGAUUGGCCUCGAGCACCCCACUAUCCCUGUCCAUCACCAGUAUGUUGUCACAGCAACAGUGCCUGAGGUAUUACUUUAAAAUAGACACACUCAAAUUAAAUUAACAUGUGUUGUGAUGUUUAAUAAAGUUUGAUUUGAUGUUUAAUACAUUUUGAUAUGUUUUGUUGUGUCUAGGUGAAGGCCCUGAAGACAGAGCUGCCAGUAAUCAGGGACCUGGAGGGCUCCUACUACCUCAGGCAGGAGAGAGACGGACUGCUGUUUGGACCCUACGAGAGAGAGGAGAAGAUGGUGCUGCAGGACUCCUGGGUUACAGAUGGAGUACCACCAGGUCUGUCUAUCUGUCUGUCUGUCUAUCGGUCAAUCUCACUCUCCCUCUCCCUCUCUCUCUAUGCCUAACCUCAGUUGUACUCCUCUGUGUGUGUGUGUGUGUGUGUGUGUGUGUGUGUUGUACAGGUUUUGGUAAGGAGCUGUUUGAGUCAGACCUGGACCGUAUCAUGGACCACGUAGAGAUGGCCAUGGAGAUGGUGCCUGUGCUGAAGAAUGCUGACAUCAUCAACAUUGUGUCUGGACCAAUCACCUACACCCCUGACCUCCUACCCAUGGUCGGACCGCACCAGGGCGCACGCAACUACUGGACCGCCAUCGGCUUCGGGUAAACAUAGGAGUGGGAUUGUGUGUGUGUGUGUGUUUGGGGGGAGCUCUGAGCAGUGGGUUGGAGUCAGGGGUGGAUGCUGAAGUAAAUCGAUAUGACUGGAUGGUGUAGUGUGAAGGUUCUUCAUUCUGAAGGUCUUACUAUCUUCCCUGCUGUAAAAACUAGGUAAGCCUUGUUAUGUUUGGCUGACUAGGAGUGGGAGGUUGAAGGUCAAAGGCAUUACCGCAUGGUCUGACUGUGUGUGUGAUGUCCCAGGUAUGGAGUAAUCCACGCCGGUGGCAUCGGGAAGUUCCUCAGUGAUUGGAUCGUGACAGGGGAACCCCCCUAUGACCUCAUUGAGUGUGACCCCAACCGCUACGGCAAAUGGACCACGGUACCCUAUAUGUGUGCCAAGGCCAGAGAGUCCUAUGGAUUCAACAACGUGGGUGAGUGCUCUCUACUCUGGCUGGCCUAUAGUAGGGAAUGAGUUUGGACAACGGGUUAGUGGGUUUUCAAUUAAUGGAAUAUCUCCACUGGCUGAAGUAAAGGCAUGUUUCCUAAAGAAUAUUGAAAAUUAAUAUGUUUUAAUGUCCCUCUCCCUCCCACUCUCAGUGGGCUACCCUAAAGAGGAGCGUUUUGCGGGCCGUCCGACCCACAGGACCAGUGGUGUGUAUGAGCUACUAAAGGGGAAGGCUUCCAUGGGCUUCCAUGCUGGCUGGGAACAACCACACUGGUUCUAUAAGCCUGGAGACGAUGCAGGAUACAAGUAAGAUACCCAGUCAAUCAAUACAAGUAUGACACUACCACUGAGCAUUAAGCAUCCUUUCCCAAUUUAUUUGUGCAGUGUGCAGACUGCUUUCACUCCACCCCAAAAUCAUAAACCAUAACCAGUUCCCACAAUCUGCCAAAACCACUAUGUGGUAUAUCUGACACACCCUCUUGGAGUGGAAUGAAACCACCAGUUCUCACAAUCUGCUGUCCAACUAUGUGUUGUUAUCUGACACACCCUGGAGUUUCAUUCACACUGCUACUACUGCUGCUGUAUCAUCAUGCCAGUGGACAGUAAUGAAGGAAGUUUGCCAAAAGGUUCAUGUGUUUUAUGGCGUGUACACGUAAAGAAAGCAUAGUGUGGCUUUAGGACAUGUUCCAUUCAAAAGCUGUCUGUCUGGCACAUCACUAUCUCCUUUGUGCCUGGAACUCUCUGCAUCCUGUUUUUGAGUGUGAAGACACUACACUACACACACACACACACACACACACACACACACACUGUAGCAAUGUGGUAGAAAUGUGGUAUGGCCGUGUCUGUGUGUCUGUCUGUCUGUGUCUGUGUGUGUGUGUGUGUGGACAGCAGUGUGGUUUGGUCCCGGUGCAGCUGUGGGUUCCGGAGUGUGUGUUAGACUGUUCGAGGACUUGGUGUUCUUUCUUUUUGGGAUGCCUGUGGAAAUAAUUGCUUGGUACUUACUGUUCAAUACCCUUUAUAGACUGAUAAUAUCAGUCCCACGUCAUCAUCAUGUGUUGGUCUGAAACCACUCUUGUUUUAAAAGCUGGAGGUGUUUGAGAGAUCGAACUCAGGGUUAGGAUACAAUUGGCCUGUUCAAACUCAGGGUUAGGGUCCAAUUGGCCUGUUCAACCUCAGGGUUAGGAUCCAGUUGGCCAACCCAACUCACGGUUAGCUUCCAGUUGGUUAUCUACGAGUGGUGAUUAAGCUUUUUAUUGGCUCUGAGAAUUUAGCACCAUCUGUGGGAUUUCUUUAUGAAAUUAUGCCCAUAUGUAAAACUAUGAAACCCACUGUAUAAGGGCCCAGUGAUUGAACAUUAUGUACGUACUUGCAGUGAAUAGGUUCCUUCCUAGAGCCAUUUCUUUGUAUGACUGUUUUAUUAUAACACAGCGUUGACAUAUCUCCUCUCCCCUGCACCUCCUCUCAAGUCAUUACUGUGAAUGUGUUCUCACUUUCAGUCAACUUACUUAUUAAAAUAUAAUUUUUUAAUAUAUGGAAGUAACUAACCACUGUCUCAGUUAAUACUUUCAGUCAUUACAUUUUAAAUAAACCAAGUAACUAACCCCCAAGUGUCUGUCUGUUCUCCCCAGGCCGAGUUUCAGGCGUACCAACUGGUUCGGUCCAGUGGGGAGGGAGUGUAACCUUGUGAUGGAGAAGGUUGGGGUCGUUGACCUGACGCCCUUCGGCAAGUUCAUGGUUAAAGGGAAGGACUCCCAGAAACUACUGGACAGACUGUUUGCUAACACUAUGCCCAAGGUAAGGAUAACACUAUGCCCAAGGUAAGGAUAACACUAUGCCCAAGGUAAGGAUAACACUAUGCCCAAGGUAAGGAUAACACUAUGCCCAAGGUAAGGAUAACACUAUGCCCAAGGUAAGGAUAACACUAUGCCCAAGGUAAGGAUAACACUAUGCCCAACGUAAGGAUAACACUAUGCCCAACGUAAGGAUAACACUAUGCCCAAGGUAAGGAUAACACUAUGCCCAAGGUAAGGAUAACACUAUGCCCAACGUAAGGAUAACACUAUGCCCAAGGUAAGGAUAACACUAUGCCCAAGGUAAGGAUAACACUAUUUACAACUCACUGUAUUAGUACUCACUGUGCUUCUAUAUCACAUCUUACUGUAUCUCACCAACACUAUGCCCAAGGUGAGAGAAACUGAAUGUGCCACUGCAUCACACCAGGCUAAACUCAUUCACUCUCAUAGACAACUAACUGCACCACUGUAUAACUCCCAGUCCCUAUGUAACUCGCUAUUGCCAACAGGCGGCAGUGUUGAGUUUGAACAUGCUGGCCUGUUUGAGGUUGUUGGGCUUAGGACAUAUAUUUAUGUUCCUCUCUCUCCCCUGUCAGGUGGGCCUGACUAACAUCAGCCAUAUGUUGACCCCCACUGCAAGAGUCUACGCUGAGGUCACCAUUACCCAGCUCGCACCUGGAGAGUUCCUCCUCAUCACAGGAUCCGGAUCAGAGCUCCAUGACCUCAGGUAACACACACACAGACUCUGACAAACACUGACAGACAGACAGAUUUGGAAACCUCUCAUACACUAAGCAGCCCAGGCCAGUAGUAGAGUCAAGCUGUCCCAUAUAACAUUAUUAAAUAUUCCAUUAUAUAACAUUAUUCUAGCCCACACACUGGUAGUAUAACUACGUAGUCGAACUCCUCACAGCAGCUGUUACUGAAUGGCCCCUCUCUGUCUUCCAAUAUCACAUGAAAAACAAAUGAAUCUCCAAUUCCUUUCACUCUAUUCAUUCAGCGCUCUCACACACCCCCUAGUGGUAUCAGAACAUAUGACAGUCAGGAAAUCUGCACUCUGCACUGCAGCUUUAUGGCAGGGCAGGCAGGGGUGGCCAAUCUAAUCCACCAAGGGCCAUGUGGGUGCAGGAUUUUGCUCCAGCCCUGCAGUAAUACACCUGAUUCAACUAAUCAAGUCCUUAAUGAAGACUUGAAUCAACAUUGUGCAGAUGUUUCUAUUCCUUGUUGUAAGUAUAACCAUAUAACCCUAUGGAUCCCUCCCUAACCCCAGGUGGAUAGAGAAAGAGGUAGAGGAGGGGGCGUAUGAUGUAGACAUCUCUAACGUGACAGAGGACAUUGGGGUGUUGGGUGUGGCUGGACCAAAGGCUAGAGACGUUCUACAGAAACUCACUCAGGAGGACAUGAGCGAUGCAGGCUUCAAGUUCCUCCACUGCAAACCCCUUCAACUGGCUGGCAUCGACCUCAGAGCUAUCAGGAUCUCCUACACAGGUGUGUGUGUGUGUGUGUGUGUGUGUGUGUGUGUGUGUGUGUACGUUUACAAAUGUUUAAGAGUACAUGUGUAGCAUGUCGGCGCAUGUACAGUGUAACUGACUGUGUGUGUUUCAGGUGAGUUGGGCUGGGAGCUGUACAUUCCUCAGAAGGACAUGGCAGCGGUGUACCAGGCUAUCAUGGAAGCAGGACAGGAUGAGGGCAUCGACAACUUUGGUACCUACGCCAUGUCAUCACUACGACUGGAGAAGGGCUUCAGAGGCUGGGGCGCAGAGGUACACACACACACACACACACAUGUACUCUCAUGCUGUGUGGAUUGAUGUUUUGUUUAUUUAUCAGAUGAACUGUGACACCAACCCUCUGGAAGCUGGUCUGGACUACUUCAUCAAACUCAACAAGGUAGACAUUGUUACUAGCUACUGCUCUUUCACAAGUCAGCCACUGUAUGUACAGUUGAAGUCUGGUUGUGCCUCUUGCUUAGUGGUGUUGCAGACUCUGGGGCCUUUCAGAACAGGUGUAUAUAUGUGUGUUCAAGUAGAGGUUUUAAUAUUCAAACAUUUCUAUUCAAAUGCAAACCUGUGGCUUAUGUUUAGAUGUUAUGAAAUUGUGGCCAUGUAGCCAGUAUACUAAGUCUCCUACACACCUGUAUUCUUUAAUAAAUGUAAUGUUUAAAUACAGUACACACACACACACACACACACACACACUAACAUCUCUCUCCCUGUCUGUCUCCAGCCUGCAGACUUCAUUGGUAAGGCAGCACUGCAGGAGAUCAAAGCUAAAGGUCUGAAGAGGAAGCUGUCAUACAUCACCAUGGAUACGGACGCUGUCGACCCAGAGGGCAACGAGACCAUCUGGCUCAACGGCAAGGUGAGCUGUGUGUGUGCGCGUGUGCGUUUGUGCGUGCGUGUGGUGGUAAAGAGGCAACACAACAUCAGAGGCUUACACUUACUCCAACAAUAUUACCAACAAUGUGGAUGAUGUAAUGUAUUAUAGAUGAUAGAUCACGCCAAUGUAUUAUAAAUGUUCCACAAUGUGUGAUUUGUUUAUGUGUAAUAUGUAUUGUCAAUAAUUGUAUUAUUGUGGAAUGACACUAAUCAUUUUUCUAAACUCUACACCACCCAGCAUUUUCCUACAUGCAACCAUCCUAUAGAAAAGCAUAUAGCCUUUUACCCUCUUCUCUCUCCUAGGUGGUUGGCAACACUACAUCAGGGACCUACAGCUACACCACCCAGCAGAGCCUGGCAUUUGCCUACCUGCCAGUGGAGCUGUGUUCUGUGGGGCAGAAGGUGGAGGUGGAGAUGUUGGGGAGAAAAUACCCUGCCAUAGUAGUCCAGGAGCCACUGGUCCUCACUGAACCCACCAGGACCCGGCUGCAGAAGAAGGCCAAGAGCAAGCCCUACACACCGGGGAUGGACAGAGAACCAGCUUAGAACCAGAGUACCAGACCUGGAUCCAAAUAGGAUCUGUUUUCUUUCAAUUAUUUACAGAAAGGUGUGCUUUAUUUAACUACCUUCUGGUGCUAAUUGCGACCCAGGUCUGUUUAGAAUCUCCAAACAGAAGAACUGACACCAACCAACCACACUGUGAAGUGAACUAUGCUGGCUGACAGUGUUACUGUUAUGAUUAUAGUGACUGUUAUGAUGAAAAAGACUGACAUGUGAUGAACAAUACUCAAAUGACACCUUAUUCCCUGUGUGGUCCAAAGUAGUGCACACUAUACAGGGAAUAUGGAAUUAUUUGAGAUGGAGACUUUGACUGUGAUGUAAAAAUAAAAAUAACUUCCUCUUUCCUAGUUGGUCACCUGGUUAAGA